ACCACACAAAAAGUAACUUCGAAGAUUGUUGCGCAGAGAGCAAUGACGGCUCAAACUGUAGUCCCCACUGACGCGGAGCUGUUGCAGGCGCAGGCCGACUUGUGGCGCCACAGCCUCUACUACCUGACACCAAUGGCACUGAGGUGUGCAGUCGAGCUUGGCAUCCCCACGGCAAUCCACCGCCUUGGUGGGGCUGCCUCACCCACUGGCCUUAUCACUGCACUGUCUCUCCCCUCUGCUAAGCUACCGUUCCUUCGCCGCUUGAUGCGGCUCUUGGCUGCGUCGGGCGUAUUCACUGUGGACAAGAGCACGGAGGAGGGGGUAUACUGCAUCAACCCCGUGUCCUACCUCUUGGUGGAUGGCAUCCCUGACGAGGUACACAUCAACCAUACGUCUUUCGUGCUCACGACCACCUCAACACGUUACAUCGAUGCGGCAAUGGGGCUGGCUGACUGGUUCAAGAAGGACGUAGUGACACCACCAUUCGAGGAGCUGCAUGGGGCAACUUUGUUCCAUGAGAGUAUGGAGAGUCUUGACGCAGAUUACCACAAGAUGGCAAAUGAAGCUUUGGAAGCCCACGACAACUUUGGGGUUCCAAUUGCAAUGCGGGAGUUCCGUGACAUAUUUAAGGGGAUUCAGUCAACGACUUGCUGCUGGGGUGCCUCUGGUGAUGACACAUUUGCCAGGGCCCUUGUCAAGGCUUUCCCACAUAUUAAGUGCACGGUGCUGGCCAAUCCCAAGACGAUUAGCUCCAAACCGGGUGAUGGUACGAUAAACUAUGUUCAAGAUGACAUGUUCAAUUUCAUCCCACCUGCUCAAACUGUGGUGCUAAAGCUUAUGCUGCACCACUGGACUGACGAGGAUUGCGUGAAGAUCCUCGCUCAAUGCCGUAAGGCGAUUCCUUCACGAAAGGAUGGUGGAAAAGUUAUUAUUGGCGAUAUUGUGAUUGACUACUCUGCGGGGCCAUUGUUGGAGGCCCAGCUCUUAAUGGACGUUGCCAUGAUGACAAUGACUAAAGGACGUCAACGGGACGAAAAAGAAUGGCGUGAGAUUUUCAUGAAAGCAGGGUUCAGUGACUAUAAGCUUCUAAAGAAAUUUGGAGCUCGUGGUGUCUUUGAGGUCUAUCCAUAGCAGGAUUGCACCGGAACAUGGCAUGAUGAUGUGUACUAGCUAAAUAAAUGUCAUGCCUUAGAUGUGUACUCAUGCAUGCUUAUCCUCAUAACUUUCAUUUGAAUAAGUACCGGUGCAUGUGAUGAAAAUGGCAAAUAAACAUCCUCCAACCAGAUGGCGUUGGAUAGUAUAUAUGUACGUACAUUGAUAUUUUAUUUUAAUGUUAAUUAUCAUAAUAUAUGGUGUAUUUAUA